AUGAUAUUUUUACCAACUCAAUUAAAAUGCAAGAAGAAAAACAAAGAAUUUGUGUUUUCAAGAAUCAUGUAUUAUGUUGAUCCUAUGCAUUUACUGUGGCCAGAUUUGUUGGCUAAUGUACUCCUUGACAAAAACAAUAAUGCCAAAUUUUGCGACUUUAGAGCUAUAGUAAACUUGGUAAACAAGGAAAUACAUUCAAAAAAGAAUAUGCAGCACCAGAAGUUCUUAGAUACGGAGGCGAUGGAGGAUCUCAUAAAACCAAAUUAUGGAGUCCAUCGAGGAUGGUUAUCAAGUGGAUGCGCACAAAUAGAGGCAGAAAGAAUAAUCAAACCAACUAUAAGUUGUGCUAGUUUCAAUGAAAAGAGUCGUCUCGCCGCCGCCACUGUCUCCGGUGUCAGUCCGCUGUUGCCUCCGGUGAGACCCGCUGCUGCCUCUGAUCAGUUCCGCUGCCGCUUGAGCAGAGGGGGUUCUACUUCCAGGAGCUUUAGCUUUAGGAAGUGCUGGUUCGAUAAUGGAACAGCAUGGCGCUUUCUAACAGCCGAGCAGAGGGAGUUCUACUUCCAGGAGUUUCAGAAAGAGUUCUGGUGGGAUAGUGCGGCGUACAGCGAGGAGGUCAUUAGACAGGUCUUCAUGGUCCAUGCAGCCAACCGCUACAAAGACAACAUCCACAGAAUGAGGAGGACGCAACAGAAGCAUAUUUCUGUGACCCAGGACAUCUGGGAUGCUUGGAACGCGUUCUGGAACUCAGAGAAAGAGAAAAAAAGGUCAGAAACCGCCCGAGCAAAUCGGAUGAGCGAGCCAGCGGGCGCCGGUUCUGGACCUGUCCGCCAUACUGGUGGAUCUCGCUCUGCUCUGAAGCAUAUGGAUGUCAUGGAAAGGGAGCUUGGCCGGAAACCGAGUGCGACGGAGUUGUACACUCGCCUUCACUCCACGAAGGCUGACAAGAAGCCGGUCGACAAACGGGCUCAGGAUAUGACUGACGCCAUCACUGAGAGGCUUGCUGCUGCGACACAGCCUCAGACCGGAGAGGGUAGCUCCUCGACCCCAGCUGCAGUGGACGAGACCCAGGUGUUUCUAGACAUCGAGGGCGUCAACAAGAAGAAACGCGUGUACGGGUUGGGUUCUACGAGCAGCAGGUACGCCGGGCCAAGCAGCAGCAGGGUGCAGCGAGGCAGCUCUUCUAGGACGUCGCAGUAG